GCGCGCCUGCUCACACUUGGGUGAAGCUCGUUUGGAUUCGUUGGCUGUAGCAGGCUUCGUAAGCAGGAGUGUCUCCAUGGAUGUAGACUUGCUUUCUCUUGUAUCCUUCCUUUUGUUGUUUAGUUUCAUCUUUCAGUUGUUGAGGUUCUGUAGGGCAGAUGCAGAUUUUACUAUACUGUGGGCAGAACUUCUUGGGAAAACUCCAGAGAAGGAGCUACGGGGAAAAGUGGUGUGGAUAACGGGUGCAUCCGGAGGUAUUGGCGAGGAGCUAGCAUGCCAGCUGGCCAAGGUUAGAGCACUGUUAAUACUGUCAGCAAGAAGAGAACAUGAACUAUACAGAGUGAAGCAAAAAUGCCUAGAGCAAGGAGGCAUACCAGCAAAGGAUAUUCUAGUUCUUCCGCUUGAUUUGAUGGACAGAGAUUCCCAUGAAGAAAAAGUGAAAUGUGCCAUCCAGCAUUUUGGAAAUAUUCAUAUCUUGAUUAACAAUGCAGGCCGCUCCCAGCGCUCCUUAUGUGUGGAUACAAGUCUAGAUGUUUACAAGGCUAUUAUGGAGCUGAAUUUCUUGGGUACAAUCUCCUUAACAAAACACAUUCUGCCACAUUUUUUGGAAAUGAAGAAGGGCCUUAUUGUUACCAUUAAUAGUGUAUCAGGAAUGGCAGGAGUUCCAUUAUCUAGUGGCUACUCUGCUAGCAAGCAUGCACUGCAGGGGUUUUUCAAUUCCCUGAGGACAGAGCUCGCUGAUACUCCAAACAUAAUCAUUAGUAAUGUGUUACCUGGUCCUGUUCAGUCUGACAUAGUUAAAAAUGCUUUUACUGAAGAAUUAGGAAAGAGGGUGCCAGUUAUGACUGAUCAGUCACACAAGAUGUCCACUCAGCGCUGUAUUCAUCUUAUUCUGGUGGCAAUGGCCAACAAUUUGGAGGAGGUGUGGAUAGCAGACCAGCCUUUUUUAGCCGUUCAGUACCUCUGGCAGUAUGCUCCCACUUGGGCAUGGUGGAUCACAAGUAAACUGGGAAAGCGCAGGGUUGAAAACUUCAAACGUGGGCUGGAUGCUGAUGCUGCUUAUUUUACAAAGGCAAAAUAGAAGACCUGUAAAUCCAAACUCCAAAUGUAUUUUCUACUCAACUAAUUCCUUGUUCAUUUUUCAUAUUCUGGAAAAUACUGGGUGAAUUUUGAGAUGCUGUUUCAUGGUUAUUAAACAGUUUUAUUAUUUCAUAAAGCUUAGCUUUAAUGGAAAAAAAUUAGUGUAUUUCCUUCAAAUAUAUUCAGUUCAGUGCACAUUGAAAAAGGUGCCUUUUAAAUGGAGAUCAUGAAGUGUAACAGUGUUUUCCAUUUUGUUGUAACAGGAGAUUGAAGCGUAGUCUCAGGGACCGCACAAGUACAUUAACCUUACAGGUCACAGUCUGCAUGGUCUAAUUGAGCUGUCGGCAUACUCUGCACUAUAAUGCUUGAUGUUCUUUGAAAGUGCACUUUCUAUGUGUUGGUAAUACAAUUUGAGGACAUUUUAGGGGUGUCAAAAGUCAAAUAACAGAGAGAAAAUAAUGCAAUGAUUUUUUUUAUAUCAUACAGAUAAACAAUAAUCAAAGUUAGGCACUAAUAUAGCCAAAACAAAAAUGUUUAGUUCACUGGUUACACUUGCUCUUUAGUGCAGACCCUAACCCUAACCUUUACAGUUUCCUUGAAACUGGGCUGCCCUUCUGUUUCAUAAGAAAGAUAUAGUUGCAGGAAAAAGUAAUUAAACUACUGGAAUUCCCAGGAUUUCUGCAUUGAUUAGCAAUAAAAUGUGGUCUGAUGUCAUCCCAAGUCAAAACUCAAGUGUGGGUUGCACAGGUGCCUUGUCUUUGAAAUAAAAGGUUGCUGUAAAGUCA